CUGCCGCUCUGCUGGCCUUGGGGUGUACUUGUCCUGCUUCUGAUUGGUGACGGACACAAUUCACGUAUAUAACACUGCAACGCCAUCACGUGAAUGGUGGUGACGCGUGGAUUGGACAAUGAUGUCGACGACGAACGAGAAGCGUGGAAACAGUCGAUUCUGCGUGCGAAAGAUGUCAUGCCGGAAAAGGCGUCUGGACCACUCGUUGCAUUACUUGAAGGCACCUCGGGUCAUCAUCACUGGACAGAGACAAAUCAUCCUCGGCCAACGUUUUGCAAUUAUUGCCGCGAAAAGUUGAACGGAGUCCCAUGGCACGGCUAUACGUGUGAUAUCUGCAAAGUGAAAGCACAUCGAAAAUGCCGUGACAAUUUGACGGAGCAAUGCAAAUGGACAAAUCAAUCAAGUAUUCCACAACAUUUACAAUUUAUUAGCCCAGAGAAUUCAAUUCUACCUCAUCAAUGGAUGGAAGGAAAUCUUCCAAUGCCAUCAAAAUGCUCAGUUUGUGAAAAGCCAUGUGGUUCCGUUAGAAAACUAAUCGACUAUCGAUGUAUUUGGUGUGGAUGUUGUGUCCAUGAUACGUGUAUUGGAAAUCUGGCACGAGCAUGUAGUUUAGGUCACUCGGCACUUUCAGUAAUAUCACCAUUAGCAAUGAAAGAAGUUACUCCAAAUGGGACAGCUGUAUUACGAGAAGAAGCGUACGGUGGUGAUUCUCCAGGCGGCAGUCCACUAAUUGUACUAAUCAACGCGAAAUCGGGUGAUAGUCAGGGUCAAAGAAUUAUCAAAAAAUUUCGACGGAUUUUGAAUCCAAUUCAAGUUUUCGAUAUUAUCGCAACUGGUCCCGAUUUUGCACUAACAUUUUUCUCGCAUCUUGAAUCAUUUCGUGUCCUUGUAUGUGGUGGAGAUGGAACUGUUGGAUGGGUUUUAAGCGCUUUUGAUAGACUGAAUUUACACUCAAAGUGUCAAUUAGCAAUUCUUCCACUUGGAACUGGAAAUGAUUUGGCUCGUGUACUUGGUUGGGGACAUGCUUUUUAUGAUGAUACACUACUUCCACAAGUUGUUCGAACAAUGGAAAGAGCACAUACAAAAAUGCUAGAUCGGUGGAGUGUUCUCGCUAUUGAAGGCCCUCAAGCAGAUGCGGUUCGUCGGUACGAGGAGCUGGUCAUCGAAAAAGUUCGAACGUUUCUAGAAGCUGAACAAACAUGGGACAUUAUACAUGCAGCUAAUCAACUAUGUACAACGAUUCGGGACCUUGUUCAUAGUGUAUCACAUACGUAUUCUGAUUUAGAAAAUAACAAGUUGAAGCUUGAUGACGAGUCAAGACUUGGAGGAAGUGAUACAAUGACGGAAAAUUGCAAUACUCUACUGGGAAAACUCGAUCGGUUGAUGAAAUCACUGAAAGAAGACGCGAAUUGUUUGGAGGAGUCUGGAUUUGAGCCUGGUGAUGAUGAUGAUUGUUCAACAGGAGACGAAAUGCUCAAAAAACGAGAUUCUGUAGUAAAUCGAGCGAAUAGUCUUAAAAAGGCAUUCCGAGAAGUCAUUUCAAUGGCCGAAAAGGGUAUUGAUCAACACUAUCGAGAUCCGAAUACGGCGUGUACGAAAAGAGAGAGGUUCAGGAAGAAGAGAAGUAAAACUACGCCUAGCGUUCUUACGAUAUCCCAUUCCAACCUGUCUUCUUCAUCAGCCUGUUCCCCACCGUGUUCACCCGCAGGAGAAGAUCCGCCACAAGAUGAUCAAAAAGAGUUUCGUAGUGCAUCUUGUAAAGCAACAUUUGAAAUCAGUCAUUCUCAAUCAAGUUCAUCAGCUGUUCUAACAGCACUAUUCAAUGCACAAUCUGCACGAACCUAUGAUGAAUUAGAGAAACCAAGUAUAGGAACAGUACAUCCACCAACUCCUGGAGCAACUCGUGAGCCAUCGACUGCUUAUGAUGAUGAUGAGGAAAAUGAAAAUGUCGAGAAUCGAAAAGAAAUUGAUCAAAAAUCGAAUAGUAAAAAGUCUUCAGUAUCAACACCAGAAGAUAUUACAAAAGGAUCACCUGAUCGGCCGAGGAUCUAUUCUGAUACCACACUAAACAAAAAUAUGGAGAAAAUGAAAAGUCAAAGCUUGCAUCCUAUUUGUUCAAGUGCUGACAAGAUGAAGCAGAGUCACUCGGAUAGUAGCUUAUAUGCAGACUACGAGCAUUUGGAAGGUUCAUCAUCUGGUUGUGGUGCCGGUGCUUCAGGAAGUACAUUAUCGCCUGCUCGGGCUUCUGAUUCUGCCACCUGGUCGCGCAUUAAAGAACGUAAACGAACUGUUGGAAGUGAUUUGGGAUUGUCUAGUAGCUCUCAUUUGAGAAGUUGUCGUAACAUGCUCUCCGGAUUCGCCGGUGGAUCUCUCAUUGCUGAAAUUUUACUAUUAAAUGCACGAGUACUGUCACAGAUGUCGUCACGUCGCAACUCAGCGGCAAAUAUUGCAAAUCAAAUUCCAACGUCCGACUGUCAAACACCAUUCACUCAAUACAAGGAAAUGUGUGUAAUGAACAACUAUUUUGGAAUUGGUCUUGACGCGAAAAUCGCUCUGGAAUUCCACAACAAACGAGAAGAGUCUGAAAAAACGCGGAGCCGAUCGAAACUCUUCAUGUGGUACGGUAUUCUCGGAGGAAAAGAGCUGAUGCAUCGUACCUACCGUAAUCUCGAGCAAAGGAUCAAAUUGGAAUGUGAUGGAGUUCCGAUCGAUCUUCCAUCUCUUCAGGGAAUCGUAAUUUUGAAUAUUCCAUCAUAUUCGGGCGGUGCAAACUUCUGGGGUCGGAACAAGGAUGGUCCAGAAUUCACAGUUCAAAGUUUCGAUGAUCGAAUUUUGGAGGUAGUUGCACUGUUCGGCGUGAUCCACGUGGCAACGAGUCGUGUCCCAAAUGCAGUUCGUCUCCAAAACCAUCGAAUUGCUCAAUGUCGACAUGUUCGAAUUGUGAUACUCGGAGACGAACCAAUCCCAGUUCAAGUUGACGGUGAACCUUGGCUUCAACCUCCUGGAAUUAUGCAAAUUGUUCACAAAAAUCGAGCUCAGAUGCUUGCCAGAAAUCCAGUUUUUGAUGCAACACUUAAGAAAUGGGAAGAACAAAAAGAGAAGGCUUCCACGACAACAGCACCAUCCACACCUACGGCUCUUGGAGCUCCCACUUCAGAUAUUAUUUCGUUCUUGACGAGAGCUCGCGAAUUUUUGAGAUUGAUUGAAGGUGAAAUAGCGAGAUUAGGGGUUUCAUCGGUACUUUUGCAAUCCUUGGAUGAUGCAAAUGCUAUUGUCAAAGGUGGAGCAUCAGGAGAAGAAGAUCCAGAGGCUAUCGAUGACUUAGAAGAACGAGAAGAAACAGUUGCAUCGGUGGAAAGAGUCGUUGAACUUCUUGAGGAUCAUUUUGGUUUUCCUGAAAGAACAAGAGCACCAGUUGGGCAACCAAAACUAGGACCCACUCCGCAUUUUAAUUUUGAAAUUCAUGGUGACGAUCCUGAUCAUUGGCGUUAUAUAAUCAACUCGAUUCGUCAGGAUAUGGAUCGAGAAGAAGCAGCAAUUAGAGAAGCUAGAAAACAAGAUUUAAUAGCUGGAAAGCCAAAAAGAUCCCGAUUCACUGCAUGGUUUCACAAACGAUUUGGAACUAGAUCUGCACCAUUUGCAUUCGCUAAUAUUCCAUACUGGACGAGCGAAGAAGUAUGUGCAUGGCUCUCUUCAAUUGGAAUGUCUGAAUAUGGAUCAACGUUCCGAAAGAAUGAUAUUCAAGGUUCUGAAUUGAUGCAUUUAGAACGAUCCGAUAUUAUGGAUAUUGGGAUCACAAAAAUUGGACAUGUGAAGAGGUUGCAGUCCGCCAUUGUCGACCUCCGAGCUCAAAACCAACGUGCACGUCGCGCUCAGGCUCGUAAAAAACGUGUCGCCAAAGACUAUAAACCCGAUCAUUCUGGUCCUUCUGGUGCUGGCGGUGCAGUAGAUAAACGAAAAGAAUCAAGUGCUGAAAGAUAUGCAGAUGGACAACCAUCAACAUCAUCUACGGGAGCUACCACUUCAUCUGGAAAAACACGGAGAAUUCCACCGAAAGAUGGAGAAUCCGCGCCUGCUGUCAUGCAAAUGGAUCCAGCUAGUACAGAUUGCUGAGGAAUUCGAUUCUCUGUAUAUUAUUUAUUCAAUGAAACUAACACUGACAGUACUCACGGGUUUGAUCAGUUUUGGCUUGUUAUCAAAGUGUCAGUUUCGGAGAAUUUAUAAUAUGUUUCAUUUUUGUUUUUAUUUAUUCUUUCUCUUCCAACUAUUUUUCUCUGAUCAUUGUUUUCUCAAUACCCGGUUUUUCACAAGGUUGCUUGAAAUGUACACGUUUACGUUCUUUUCCAUAAUUUCAUAGUCUCUUUUCCGAGAAUCUUUUUAAAUUAAUAGGAAUUUGUUGUGUUUACCCUAUUCUUCUAAACAAUUUUCAGUGUUAAUUGAAAAUGGACCAAAUUGUAGACGCCAGGCGUCCCCUUACCAAAUUUCCCCAAAUUCUUCCUUAAAAUUUGCACAUUUGCUCAUUUUUCAAUCAGAUUUUUUAACAUUUUAGACUAUUUUCACGGCUUUUUUUGAAAUUCAAAAGUCUAUCCGAAAACUAAUCAAAAAUUGACCAAACUAAACUAUUAUAUGCGAUAAUUUAUAUUUCAAAACAAAACCGUUUCCAAAUGUCACACACAAUUUGUCCUCAUUAAACACAUCACACACAACUUUCCUCACGCUCCGCCCACUUUCGAAUCUUUCAUGGAUUUUAUGAUUUUUAUUUUGAAUUUAUUAUUUUUCAUUCCCUUUGGCAAUUAUAAAUUUCCAGUGAUAUAU